GAAGACACCUAAAAAAGGGAGGGGGAACAAGGCCCCAGCCCCUUGUGGGGCCGCCUUUUCGUCCGUAACGCAAUAUGGUGUCGCCGUUGGUGAGAGAGAAGCGUGACGCGGUACACGGGAAGGAAGUGAACAGCAAAGCUCGUGGGUUAAAAUGGCGGCGCCCUCAUAGGAAAAGGUUUCUUCCGGGCUGCAAAAUGGCGCGUUCGAGGUUUCCGUACGCAAAUAUGGCCCCCGCCUGACGUGCUGGCAGUGGCCGCGAGCGUCGCGCUUUGCGCUGUCGUCUUCCACCCGCGUGUCGUUCUUGACCCUCCCCUCAAAGUCCGCCUGUUGCGAUUACAAUAAAGCAGCCUGUACCAAUAGCCUUUUGGUACCAAUAGCCCCGGAUGCCACCUGCAACCUACCCUGCACCCAAUGAGGCUAAUUCAAUUACAACUAUCUGAUACUACCUAUACUCCAUCUUAGGAGCAGCAGACUGAUGGAUAAAAAUAUCAUCCCUAUUCCCCAACACCACCACCACCUUGUUACAUUCAACAUCUUGGCUGAUAAAGACUUCUGGAGAACUCAAACAGUGGCUUUGAAGGAGGAAGACUUAACAAGCAAGAUGCUGAAGGCUUGUGUAAGCAAAGUGGUCAUUUUAGUGCCUUUAAUACUCAUAGUUGGGCUUAUUUCUACAAAUCCAACUACAGCUGAAGAAGAAUCAGGAACAACAGUCCCUGCUGAAAGUCGCCCGUGUGUUGAUUGUCAUGCAUUUGAAUUCAUGCAGAGGGCUUUGCAAGAUUUAAAGAAGACAGCAUACAAUUUAGAUUCACGGACAGAGACAUUGCUUUUUAAAGUGGAGAAGAGAACUCUGUGUGACUGUUUAACUGCAAAUACAUUGAACUGAAUACUGGCGAUCCAUCUAGGAGUCACUGGUACUUCAACAGCUUCUAGAAUGCUGCUGUUAAUGCAGACAGCUGUAGGAAAUAAAAUACUGCAAACAUGUAAUCCACAGGGCACUUAUGAAUCUUACAAUUUCGGUAUGAGAUAGCUGUAGAUCUGGCUUCUGAAUGCUUAUGUAAUUCCCUUUUUUCCACCUGUGUUGAUGUCAUCAUAAAUACCAAGAUGCCCCCCUCCCCCCAAAAAAGGCAAAAGUUGAAAAGGGUGCUGUUAGCGUUUAUUGCAAAAAUAUGAACAAUGUAUUUUUGGAAUCUCCUUUUUAAGUUUCCAUUUUUCCCCUACUGAAGAGAAACUCAAAACACAUCAGUGCAUCAGGAUUCUUCAGAUUUUCUCCUCACUUUCUCCCCUCCCCUGCAUUUCAGAAAUAACUAUAUAAUAAUUUACACAAAGGAGAUUAAGAAAAUAAAGGAAAAUGAAGCAAAACAAAUGAAGCAAACUAGCUGUGCAGCAUUUAAUCAAUUAGUUAAUUUGUUUGUUUGUUUGUUUAAUCAACUGAAAAUGUGUCCCCCAUUUAUCAGGCAGCAGAUUUUUCAAAUUUCAAAACAGUCAGGUGGUUAUAAAAAUUGCAGGUGAGAAACACCAUCUUAAAAGAGGUAUUCUUCUUUCUCUGACACACAGGGGAAAUGCCUCUUCUAAGAUUAUAAUCUGCUAUGAACAUCUAAAAAAUAAAAAAAGGAUACUUCUUGUUUUAGAAAUACUGUUUAUCUCCAUUUGUAAAUGCAGUUGCUAGAUUAAUUGAUCAAUAGAUUAAAAUUCAUAUGAACCAUUGUUUAAAAUGUCUUUAGUCAUGUUGCUGCCCUAAACUAAAUAAGUAAAUGGUUCUCUGUCUCAGUAUGUUGCACCAAAAUUUUGCUGUAUUCCACUAGAUCGAUUCAUAGUAACACAUAAAAAUAAAGAAAAGCAAAAAGCAAACCUGAGAUGAUUUGAUAAUAUAAAUAAAUGGUUCCAAUAAUUGAAGAAUUAAAUUUCUCAAUAAAUUUUACAGCUUUGAAAAUCAUAUUUAUUGUCAAGAACAGCUUUACCAAUGAAAUGAAACAAGCUCAAUCCUCAAGAUUUUUCUUUAAACAAAACAGUGGGCCUUCAGGAACUGCCUAUAGCUUUUUAGAAGUUACUGAGGAUGAUCCAGAAAGCUUUCACUUUCCCACCUUCUCACCACAGGCAUAUGGAAGACCCUUUCUGGCCACACUGCUGCUAACAUUUUUGUGCCUCAGUAUAUGAUGUAAUCUGCAUUGUGUCAUAUACCAUUUCCAUGCCACUUUGUAGGUUAAACUUUCAUAGGUUUGGACAAAUGGCCUUAAAGACUUUGGUUGACCAGAUGUUCUUCCACUACUGUAUAAUUCCCCCCCACCCUUGGACUGUACCCCAGUUUUGGAAUAAAAUCCAAUAAAAGUCCCCCAGCGUUGGAGAGAUGUACUUUUAAAAAUAAUGAUAUGAGAGCAUGCCAUUACAUUGCUGUGUUCAAAUUCAUAGCAUUUUUAUUGCGAAGCUGAUAUUUGCAAUAAUAUUUUUGGCACCAUUUCUGGCACUUACCUUCUACUUUUUUGGACUAUUUUGUGCUGUUCUCUUGUUCUUAUUAUGCUGUUUUCAUAAGAACCAGUUCAGGGAAUGUCCACUUUCAUUUUAGAAGACAAAAUAAACUUGCAGCUAGGUUGGAAACAUGUAAUAAAUGAUAUAUGAAUGCUCAGAAAUCAGAAGCACUAUUUGACUUCUGCUCCAAUUUUUAUAUGUCCUUCAAAAGAAAAUCCUUGUACUUAUGUACCAAAUGUGAUUGACCAAAAUAUGAUCCACACAUAAUAGAAGCAAUAAUUGACAUAGUUAUUGCAGCUGUUAUCUCCAUGAGAAACUACAUUCUGUUUCUGGUGACAAGACUCAGUUCUUUUCUUAAUUUCAAGGUACGAAGCUAAGACUAAGAACUCCAUCACACCAGCGAUUUAUCACACACUCGCCAUGCCUGGUAUGCGGUUUUGCAGCCCGCUACUCACAUCACGUCCUUGUCCUGCACUCAUUUUGCCUCUUCCCCUCUAUGUUUUGUUUCUUUUUGCAGUAGGGAAAGACUGUUUUUUCCCCUCCAUGCGCAAUAAAGCUGUUCCUCUCUCCCA